AUGGAAGACGUGCAUCGGAAAGCACGCAGCCCUAUGAAUGCUUCAGUCAUUGGUACUGCAACAUCGUCUAAUGGCAGCGGCUAUGCUAAAUACCAGAUCCGGUCAUCGGGGAUACCGCGAGUUCUAGCUACCGAGUCUGAAGUAUUUACACUGGAUGAUCAAGAUGAAGAGCGACGAGUCAAUGGGGAUGUACACUCAACCGAAGAAACUGAGAAAAGCAGAUUGUUCGACUGUCCGCUGGAUAGUGACGAUGAAAAAGAAGAAGCUCAAGAUGAGCUUGUCAAUAAUGUGCGUCAGCACAAUUUCAACAACACUGGAUCCGUGAAAGAAAAAUCGCGCCUUACGGACUCGUUCGAUAUGGAUGAUUCACAAUCCGAUGAUCUGGAUUUGUUGCCUCCUCUUCCCGGUGCUCCUAGCACUAAUCACACUUGGCUAAGCAAAUUCCACUCCCUGAAUUGUUGCAAUCCAAGGAUACCAAGUAAAUGUAACAUAAUGUAACAUGCACUUAAAAUCAGGUUUUUGCUGGAUCACUGCGAAUUCUCAAACGUUCUGCAUAUUCAUUAGCCUAACUGCCCUUUACGAUCAUACUUCUCACAAAGUCAAGACUAGUUUUUGCGUUCCUUAUCCUUUGUCUGUUCAACUGUCCCGCUAAUUUCGACGCUGUACACUACUUCCUGACAAACUCAUUGUACCAUCUAAUCUUGAAAUUCUUAGUUUGAUUAGUUGUUUUCCCCAGACUUUGAUUAUUUGAUUUGCAUAUUCAUAGGAUCUGCUUACGGGUGCCACUGGUCUCACUCAUAAAUGUAUCUCAUUGUAUUAGUAACAUGUAUCAUUGUACCAUGUAUUGCCUGUGGAGAUUCAGUUUUCAGUUUCAUGUUCUUAGGCACGCGCCAAAGUAAUUCACUUCUGCUCAAUCCACUUCAAGCCAAAUCAGUGAACUGACCUAUAACAAAGUGAAUGAUGUGGAUUAAGUGGAAGUGUGACGCGUGCCUUAUGAAUUCGAACGCCAUAGUUCUUGCGCUUUAAGAUGGUAUGUUAGAUGAAUGAGAAUGGCCUUAGUGUCUGGCAGCACUUACUGUUUUGUAGUGUUUAGGUAACCUCGAGUCAUUUAUAACUUAAUGUGUGAGUGUGCACACUAUGCACGGCAGCCGACGGCAAUCUUACUAUUAACUCCUCACUGAAAC